ACGCUUGAAUCGGCCGGUGAAUCCAAAGGGAACGUUGAUACGUCUAUCUCUUCGUCCUUCGACGGUUCUAACGAAGUGCGUCAUUGUUGUCAUUGUGUUGCUCUUUCGUGGACCGGCUCAGUCAUCGUUCGUCCAAUCGCGCUCGGAAGUUCGACACGUCGUUUAAUUACCAUUCAAUUGAGCCACCCUCAUCGUUUAUUCAUUCACAAACGAUACUUAACCAUCGUUGAUGAGCUUAGCCAUUCCGGUAGCCUGAUAGCUGUCUUCUUUCACUAGUCUACUUGAUCGAACGUACGUCGAGGUUCGUUCAUUCUUAAUUGGUCAUACGAUUUUCUAGGUAACCGGGACUACUGUUAUACCGAGUUUGUACUAUGAGGUCUCAGGCAAAGAGAAGACAUGUUGAAAGAUCUAUAGAUUACAAGAUUUACUGUUUAGUCUUAUCUUGCUCGAAAAUUUAUGUGGUCCAAUAUCUGAUCGGUAAAAAACUAUCAUCGAUUCAGGUCGAAACAAGGCUGGUACAUUGUUAUUUGUAAUCAGCAUGAAUAAUCUCUCUCAUUCAUGAAAAGAGGAAAAACAAUGAACGAAUCUUUCGUCGAUAUAUUUUCAAAAUUAUUUCAAAGACUCGAUCGAUUACUUUUUGAAAUAUUUAAAAUCAUGUAUCAUCAAUUAAUUAACGAUAUCUUAUUUUUACUAUUUCUUUUUUUAUUAUCAUAGAGUUACUUUCAAAACGUUCUUACAGAACCGGUUAAAGAUCUUUUCUUGAUUGCGUUUUGCCAUCGUUCGAGUCUUCUGCUGAUUCGUGACUAGUGCCCCAACCUUACACGCGUAUCGUACAAAGAGGAGAUGGCCUGGAUGCCUUUUUUCGUCAUGUACCGUUAUUGUAGAAGAAGAACUUAGGUUCUGCGAACACGAAGCUAACGCUUAUUUCUCUUGUGUCCCUUCACGAGCGCCUGAUCGAAACGUUUUACCGAGGAGCUUUGAAUUCAUUACGAAUGACAUAUCUUCGUUCUUUUAACGUGUUUAUAUUUGUAGAAAUUAAUCGAUUCCACUCAGUUUAAUUCAUUCUCUGCGAGAUCGUUUCUUUCGUUUAUAACGUAUUCCUAUUGCACGUGCUUCUCGAGUCAAGGACGAAAAUCGACUUUGAACUACGUCAGGAACGUGUUGUGCUUCCUUUUUUUUUCUUCUUCUUCUUCUAUUUCUUAUCAUCGAAAGCGAUUAACGUGAGCCAAAUAUAAAAAAUGAAAGUGACAAUGACGUUAUCCGCUUUAAUAUUGAUAUGUUUGAGCAUCGUUCAGAUCGAAUGUCGAUCUAACAAUAAGAAAACGAAGCAAUUGUCGUUACAAAGUAAAGAAACCAAUCCGGCAAAUUUCAUAAGAUUGCUCGUGAUGAGACUCGUUUUUGGUGUAGCAACGUCGAUGGGAUUAGGUGAAAAUAUUUCUGGUGUUCUUGGAGGAAUAUUUGUGCCUCCUGGCGCGGAAGAUUAUGCCGAUUAUGCUGACGAUGAUCUGAUACCUGAUCUAUUCUAAGGAUUAUAUGAAUUUGAAAUGAUCUGCACUUUAACUGAAGAUAUAUGUAUAAUACAUUUUUUAUUUAAUUA